GGGCGAGAAAUGGCGAGGCGCAUCGCGAAUCCAAGGUACUACCAAGGAGUAGUUGUCGUAGCCGCGGCUCCGUCCUUUUGGGAGCUGCUAGUGCUGUGCGUUGUGGUGCUGGGCAUGCUCUCGUUCUUGGUGCUCUCGCUCCUCGUUUUCAAGUUCUGGAAGCGCAACACGCACCAGCCAAAGGGGCGACGAGUUUUCGCGCAGCGGCGACAAUCCACACUCACAGCUUUCGCGCAGCCCAGCAGGGAGUGCUCGUUUUGCUGCAUCGACAUCAACUUGCUCAAGCUCAAGACAAUGUCCGGGAUUCGGAAUAUUGACUUUGGCCGGACUCCUGCUGUACGACCAUCGAGUAAUAACCCAAUCUUCUAUGCUCCUCGCAUCAGUGACUACGAAUACCUUCUUGACUACCAACACUCGAGAAUGAUGCCAGGUGUUGUUCUUGACUUCCAGAGCUCAAGAAUGGUGCCAGCGGUUCACAGCGGGUCCCUUGACACUGAUCUAGCUGAGCUGCCACGGAGCGUUGUUCCACAGCCUCCAAGCACCUCGGAAAUUCGUUUGCCUUUGACAACGCUCGACUUUGUGAUCCCCCCGGCUUUCAUGCCUGGUCAGCUGCAGCAAGAGCAAAGCCAUCACGACAUAACGACUGCAUCCAGCUUGAGCUCUGAGUCGCAGUUACUGCCGGAGAUUGACAAUGAAUUUCUCAAGCGCUUGGAGGUUGUCUCUGAGCUCCUUACCGCAAGCUCAAUCCAGGAGUCACGCAUGGCCAUGGCUUGUGUUGGUUAUGGCCAGCUACAGUGUUUGCUCAUGAUCUUGCUUCAGCAGCAGAGUCAUGACGAUGGUGUGCUCAACAGGUCCAAUGAGUUUUCACGUACGCUGGUAAAGCACACAAGAGAAGCCAAGUGUACAUUCCUCGACCUCAAUCAAGACAUAUCGGUCUCACAACUCUACGGCCAAGACUUUAUGCCUCUGCAGCGUCAAUCGGUGAUGAUCAAGGGAUCACGGAGCAAUGCAAUCUUCACGCUCCAGGUGAUUAGUGAGCCCGGCUUAAUUCCCGGAUGUGGUUCGAAGUCCUACAACUCUAGCGUAAGAAUACUUUCCAUAUUCCUUGGCUCAGUGGUUCCGAGUCCAGCAUACUCUUUUCCGCUAAAUGUUGCGUUGCCGGAGCUGGCAAGUGGUGCUCGUUCUGUUCUUCGCAUCACCGGCGGCAUGGAAGCUCCUCUUCCUGGUCGGCUUGGUGCUCGGCUGCUGCUCAACAAUCUAUGCUGUUCACGCUUUUCUGGUGAUCUUUCCUCGUGGACUUGUGUGGAGCUCCAGGUGCCGAGUUAUCCAUCACUGUUUGAGUUGGCGGUGCUCAAACUCAACGCAGUUAUUCCGCAGCCUCCAAUCACCCCACUGCUUAUCAAGCUAGUCUGCGUCAACUUCCAAGGAGAUUACAAUACUACUAACUUUCCAGCAAUCUGCGAGCGGGAAGUACAUCGCGACAUUGUGCCUGAGCGAGGAAAACAAGAAGCUCCUUGGUUCCUUGGUGCUCGGCUGCUGCUCAACGAUGAUGAAAGCCCUCCAUGCUCUUUACGGUUUUGUGGCACUCUUUCCUCCGGGACUUGUGUUGAGCUCCAGGCGCCGAUUUAUCCAUCACUGAUCGAGCGAGCGUCACUUUAUGAACCAUAUCGGGUGUGCUCGUUUGGUGUCAUCGACAUCAGCAAGAUCACGCUCAAGACAAUGUCGGGGCUUACUUUCCCGUGGCAUAGCAGCUUUCGUGCUUUGGAAUCGACACUCCCUGAUGAUCACGAUGCUUAUACAGAUGAGGUCUUUGACAUGUUUAUUAAUCUUAUUCACGCGUCAAAAGGUGGCUGGAAAUAUUUUAAUUUACACGGACUAUACGCUGGCUUUAAAGACGCUUGGCUUUUGCGUGGUGGCCAAUUUCGAGCUGAGGUACAAGAGCUGCGAAGGCGUGGUGCUCCACCUUUUAGUGCCACGAGCGAGCAGCAAAACUAUGAGUGGGAAAGUCACAACAUUCUAGAAAAGCAAGAAGCGGCCAGCUUGAAUGAUCAGUCAGACAACAGUGCUAUUUUAAUGAGCAGGCCACCAUCCAUUCAUCAACUUGAAAGCUCUGGCAACUUCUUGGAGGUGAUAUCGAUUGCGGCGGAUUGCUCCUCCGAGGAUUUGGAGCGCCAAGUUCGUGGUUCAAGACACUUUUCGGAUGCCGCCUUCAAUGACGCAGGAGGAGAAAAGUACUUAGAUUUGAUGCGGCACGAGCCAGCUGGAGACCUGGAGGAUGGCUGGGAGAAAUAUCCAGAAAUCGAAGAGCUGCCGAUAGAUGAAGGAUGGAUCGACUUUUCCGAAUUGGUGAGCGAUAAGCAGGGAGAUAGUGCUGUUUUUGUGGAGAUCCGUGAAGCUGAUCAACCUGGGAGCUCAGAGAACGAGGAUGAUUUGACGCCUUAUGCAGCAGCAGAACUGCUAGAUGCCUUGACAUUCAUGGGCGACAUUGCGACACCAUUGUUUUGUGCCACCGGAAUUGAGAAGGCGAUUAUUAUGACAAGUGGUGGUGAACAAAAGGUGUGCUAGCAUUUUCAAGGCCAUUUCAGCGUAUGCAGCACCCAUACAGCCGUGAGGCAAAGGAUCAAAAUCCAGCAAGCUCUCGCCGCUGUCACCGUGACAGAUAAUUGAAGCCGACAUAAUUUUAUUUUCCCUCAAGGGUCAUCACGGUCAAAUGAAACACCGGAAGUAUUGGAGCUGCCUUCGACACGAAGUUUACGGUAGCAAGUUGCGGGAGUGAAGCAGCUGGCUUGCUGCAAACAGUUGGUUUGACUUAGCUACGAGCGGCUGGACGAGGCUCAGGCGGGUCUCGGAAGGUCUCAGGAUAGACUUCAGCAAGUUGCGUUUCGACGCUCUGGAUAUGUGCAAUGUGUGGCUACUAGGCGAGCCUGGAUCGCCAGGCCAGAGUGUUGCUGCAAGCCGGGAACUCUGGUAUUCGUGAGAACUCACAGAUGUAUCUACUCCAGCUCGGCAGGCAUGCUUUCGGCAACUACAGAGAGAAAUGUUCCGGCUUUGGAAGAUGGCGAUCCGGUUCGAAUUCUCGGCCAACAGUCCUCUGGAGACAACGAGGUUGACAAAGGAUACAAACUACCUGGACAAGGCUGUACUCUUAUUCUAGUUCCGUCAGGCUUUCAAACAGGCUUUCUCCAGACGCUAAGAUUUACACGGUUUUGCUCUGUUUGACCAAGGCAAGAGUGGAUGAGGCGUAGUUCUCUUGAAGCUGGUAUGGUAUUGCAACUUCUGGCUGAAAGCUUCUCGUCACCGACUGUUUCCAUCAUAGGCAGGAAACUUGUAUGAAGUCUUUGACGCGGUGCCAGAGACGGAAGUUUCUCCAAACUGUGACUUCGACAUGGAAAUCUCGACAUCUUCGCAAGGGAAAAAAGCUCGGAGGCAUGCUGUGCCAGGCUCACAGGCCUGAUCGUUCGAAACGUCGUCUGAUUCACGAGGUAAUGAAGGAGUCCAGGUGCUCGGCCGACGUGCCUGCUACGGAGGAUUCCAGAAGCUUACGACAAUGUGGUCACCUUCGUGUAUAGCACUCUGCGGUGGAGGCUAUCUCUUCUAACAGGUUCCUGAGCAGUGCUACGAGCAAAUUCUUGAAAGGAAAGGAGCGAGCUAGUUUUGAGGCCGCGAGGACAGGUUUUGAGGCACCAUAGCUUCCGGAUUGAGGCACAACUCCAGGGUUUUACGGAGUUUGGAAAGUCGAGUAGAAACUCCAGGGUGAUGCAGAAGCUGGAACAGAUCCUUCAACAGAUUUCUCGAGCAUGACCAGUGGUGUGCAACCUCCACUUUGUCGAGACCUCAAGGGUGCUCAAGAUGAUAUUUAGCUUCUCCUUGAUGAUGGAAAAACUGGCGGCAGCAACGAUCUGAGGACGCACAUAUUUGAACUUCUGGACCAGCUGAGA